GAAGAACCCUCCGGUCCUCAGGUUUCAGCAUGACCAUUUGAAGGGAACAGCAGCUGUUCUGCCAACAGGCAGCAGCUCGGCCUGAAAGCUCCCACUUGCGGGGCAAGUCUGAGGGGAGCGGGGGGAAAAGACUUUUUCUUUGGGAUAUUGCUCACUCCAUUGAACACCUCCCCACCAUUGCCCUGUGGCACCAGGCAGAAUAGGCCCAGGAGCAGAAUGCAAAGAUGGCAGCCCCGCCACCAUACAUCCCUGGUCCAGAUUGCCUGCGCCCGUUCACCCGCGAGUCCCUCCAGGAGAUAGAGAAGCGGAUCGCGGAGCGAGAAGCCGAGAAGUUGAAGCCUAAGCAUGAGGAGAUUCACGAUGAAGAAAAGGAGGCCAAACCCCGCAGUGACCUGGAGCAAGGGAGAAGUCUCCCGAUGAUUUAUGGGGACCCCCCUCCAGAGCUCAUCGGGGUGCCUCUGGAAGACUUGGACCCAUUCUACAAAGAUCAGAAAACAUACAUCCUCCUCAACAAAGGAAAGUCCAUUUUCCGGUUCAGUGCCACCCCUGCUCUAUAUAUGUUGGAUCCUUUCAAUAUUGUCCGGAGAGGUGCCAUCCAAGUGCUUAUACAUUCAUUAUUCAGCAUGUUUAUCAUGAUCACCAUCUUAGCCAACUGUGUCUUCAUGACCAUGAGUGACCCGCCACCGUGGGCCAAGGAUGUGGAAUACACUUUUACUGGCAUCUACACCUUUGAGUCUAUGAUCAAGAUAUUGGCCCGGGGAUUCUGCAUCGACAACUUUACAUUCCUGAGAGAUCCAUGGAACUGGCUGGAUUUCAGUGUCAUCGUUAUGGCCUAUGUCACAGAGUUCGUAGACUUGGGCAACAUCUCUGCUCUGCGGACAUUCCGGGUUCUCCGGGCGCUUAAAACCAUCACAGUCAUUCCAGGGCUGAAAACUAUUGUGGGUGCAUUGAUCCAGUCUGUGAAGAAGCUCUCCGAUGUCAUGAUCCUCACAGUAUUCUGCUUGGCCGUCUUCGCCCUCAUCGGCCUGCAGCUGUUCAUGGGGAACCUGCGGCAAAAGUGUGUGCGGUGGCCGCCGUUCACCAACGACACACUUGAUGGCGGUUUCAUUGGCAACACCACUCUGUAUGACAACGGCACCCUGUACGACAACAGCACCCUGUACGACAACGGCACCCUGUAUAGCAACGAGACCUUUGACUGGGAUGAGUACAUUCACAAUGAAGAAAAUUUUUAUUUCCUUGAGGGUGCGCUUGAUGCCCUGCUCUGUGGGAACAGCUCCGACGCAGGGCAAUGCCCAGAAGGGUAUCUCUGCAUGAAAGCUGGCCGGAACCCAAACUACGGCUACACAAGCUAUGACACCUUCAGCUGGGCCUUCCUCUCCCUAUUCCGUCUCAUGACUCAAGACUACUGGGAGAACCUCUUUCAACUGACCUUGCGAGCGGCUGGGAAAACGUACAUGAUCUUUUUCGUUCUGGUCAUAUUCUUGGGAUCCUUCUACCUCAUCAACCUGAUCCUGGCUGUGGUAGCGAUGGCUUAUGCCGAGCAGAACGAUGCAACUCUGCUGGAGGAGCAGGAGAAGGAGGCAGAGUUCCAGCAGAUGGUGGAGCAGCUGAAAAAACACCAGGAGGAGCAACAAAGGCUGCUUCAAGAGCAAGCAGCAAACAGCAGCUCCGCAGAGAGUGUUAUCGUGGAGAAAAAGAAGACGGCGGAGUCCGAUCAAGAGGCGCCUAGUGAUCAAGAUGGGCCAAAAGACUGCAACGGCCGGGUCAUCCCACGCUUGGUGCUGGACCGGUCAGCCACAAUAGACGAGUCAGAUCCAGCGGAGGAGCAUGAGAAGCCUGACCACAACCAUCUCCACGCAGGAAACCAAGAAGGGACAGGCUUGACUAAACGAGCAGAGAGUGCCUUUAGCAUAGUCUCCAACACACUGGAAGAACUUGAAGAGGCGCACCAAAAAUGCCCGCCGUGGUGGUACAAGUUCGCCCACGCAGUCCUUGUGUGGAAUUGCUGCCCGCUCUGGGUGAAGAUGAAGAACAUAAUCAAGCUCAUUGUCAUGGAUCCCUUUGUGGAUCUGGGGAUCACCAUCUGCAUUGUCCUCAACACAGUCUUCAUGGCCAUGGAACACUACCCAAUGACAGAUGCAUUCAACGAUGUAUUGAAUGUGGGGAACCUGGUCUUCACGGGGAUAUUCACAGCAGAGAUGGUGCUGAAGCUGAUUGCUCUGGACCCCUAUGAUUACUUCCAGGUUGGAUGGAACAUCUUUGACAGCAUCAUCGUCACUCUCAGCUUGGUUGAGCUCGGCCUCGCCAACGUCCAGGGCCUGUCUGUGCUACGCUCCUUCCGUCUGAUGAGAGUGUUCAAGCUCGCCAAAUCCUGGCCAACGCUCAACAUGCUGAUCAAGAUCAUUGGCAACUCGGUGGGUGCCCUGGGCAACCUCACCCUCGUGCUGGCCAUCAUUGUUUUCAUCUUCGCCGUGGUGGGGAUGCAGCUGUUCGGGAAGAGCUACACCGAGUGCGUCUGCAAGAUCAGCAGCGACUGCACGCUGCCGCGCUGGCACAUGCACGACUUCUUCCACUCCUUCCUGAUCGUCUUCCGCAUCCUCUGCGGGGAGUGGAUCGAGACCAUGUGGGACUGCAUGGAAGUGGCUGGGCAGACCUUGUGCCUCAUUGUCUUCAUGAUGGUCAUGGUCAUUGGGAACCUGGUGGUGCUCAACCUGUUCUUAGCUUUGCUGCUCAGCUCCUUCAGCGCCGACAGCCUGGCAGCGUCUGACGACGAUGGCGAGAUGAACAACUUGCAGAUCGCAAUUGGCAGAAUCACCCGGGGGAUCGACUUUGUGAAAAAACAUGCCCUCCUCCUGCUUCACCGGCAGCUGAAGGAGAAGAAGGCCGAGCCACCUGCCGAAGACCAGGAAGACAGCAAGAAGGAAAACUUUGUCCUCAACCAUUUGGACACAGGCCAGGACUUCAAACCCGACUACAUGGAUGGGAUAGCCAUGGACAGGGUAGCCAGGAAAGAGCCACGCAUCGAUGAAUUCGACCAUAUGAACUUCAUCAACAAUCCUCACCUGACCAUUCAUGUCCCGAUAGCCUCGGAGGAGUCUGACCUGUAUGACGAAACCGACACAGGAGAAGAGACUGCCGAGGACACCAAGAAGCCUCUGUCAGAUGGGACUGAGUCGUCCAUAUGCAGCACUGUUGAUUAUAAGCCCCCAGACCCUGAGGAGGCGGUAGCUGUGGCUGAAGAGGCCGCCGAGCAUGAUGAGCCAGAGGAAUGCUUCACUGAAGCCUGUGUCCGGAGAUGCCCUUGCCUAUACGUUGACGUCAAGACAGAGAAGGGGGAAAAGUGGUGGAAUCUCCGGAAGACGUGUUUCAAGAUUGUGGAGCACAACUGGUUCGAGUCGUUCAUCAUCCUCAUGAUUCUCCUUAGCAGCGGAGCCUUGGCUUUCGAAGACAUCUACAUAGAGCGACGUCGGACCAUCCGCAUCAUCUUGGAAUAUGCUGACAAGGUCUUCUCGUAUGUUUUCGUUAUCGAGAUGCUGCUCAAAUGGGUGGCCUAUGGGUUCAAGGUCUACUUCACCAAUGCCUGGUGCUGGCUGGACUUCCUCAUUGUUGAUGUCUCUCUCAUCAGCCUGACAGCAAACUGGAUGGGAUAUUCGGAGCUGGGGGCAAUCAAAUCCCUGAGGACGCUCCGUGCCCUGAGACCCCUUCGGGCUUUGUCCAGAUUUGAAGGCAUGAGGGUGGUCGUGAAUGCCCUUCUGGGAGCCAUCCCUUCCAUCAUGAAUGUCCUCUUGGUCUGCCUGAUAUUCUGGCUCAUCUUCAGCAUUAUGGGGGUCAACCUCUUCGCAGGGAAGUAUUAUCGCUGCAUCAAUACCACCACGGGCGACUACUUCGAGCUCUCCGUGGUGAACAACAAGACCGAUUGCAUGACUCUCCUCGACCUAUACAAUGCCACGGAUGUCCGCUGGGUCAACGUCAAGGUCAAUUUUGACAACGUGGGCAUGGGGUACCUCUCCCUUUUGCAGGUGGCCACAUUCAAGGGCUGGAUGGACAUCAUGUAUGCAGCCGUCGACUCCCGUGAGGUUGAGGAGCAGCCUGAAUACGAAGUGAACCUCUACAUGUACAUAUAUUUUGUCAUCUUCAUCAUCUUCGGGGCUUUCUUCACUCUCAACCUUUUCAUCGGCGUCAUCAUCGACAACUUCAACCAGCAGAAGAAAAAGUUUGGAGGAAAGGAUAUCUUCAUGACGGAGGAACAAAAGAAAUACUACAACGCCAUGAAGAAGCUAGGCUCAAAAAAGCCUCAAAAGCCCAUCCCAAGGCCUCAGAACAAAUACCAAGCGAUGAUCUUUGACUUUGUGACCCAACAAGCCUUUGAUAUAGUCAUCAUGAUCCUCAUUUGUCUUAACAUGGUGACGAUGAUGGUGGAAACAGACGACCAAAGCGAAACCAAGAUAAACAUCCUCUUCCAAAUCAACCUAAUCUUCAUUGUCAUCUUCACGUCCGAGUGCUUCCUCAAGAUGGUUGCCCUGCGGUACUACUUCUUCACGAUCGGCUGGAACAUCUUUGAUUUCGUCGUGGUCAUUAUCUCCAUCAUAGGACUUGUCCUCUCGGACAUCAUUGAGAAAUACUUCGUAUCGCCCACCCUCUUCAGGGUCAUCCGCCUGGCCAGAAUUGGGCGUGUCUUGCGGCUGAUUCGGGGAGCCAAAGGCAUCCGGACGCUCCUCUUUGCUUUGAUGAUGUCGCUGCCGGCGCUCUUCAACAUUGGCCUCCUCCUCUUCCUGGUCAUGUUUAUCUAUUCCAUUUUUGGGAUGUCCAACUUUGCUUACGUGAAGAAGGAGUCUGGCGUGGACGACAUCUUCAACUUCGAGACUUUUGGCAACAGCAUCAUCUGCCUUUUCCAGAUCACCACGUCGGCCGGUUGGGACGGCUUGCUGAACCCCAUCUUGAACAGCGGCCCCCCGGACUGUGACCCCGAACUGCAGAACCCUGGCAGCCACGUGAAGGGUGAUUGCGGCAACCCUGCCAUUGGCAUCUUCUUCUUCUGCAGCUACAUCAUCAUCUCCUUCUUGAUAGUGGUCAACAUGUACAUCGCCAUUAUCCUGGAGAACUUCAACGUUGCCACGGAGGAGAGCAGCGAACCACUGUGUGAAGACGACUUUGAGAUGUUCUAUGAGACUUGGGAGAAGUUUGACCCCGAUGCCACGCAGUUCAUCGAUUACGCCAUACUCUCGGACUUUGCAGACACCUUGCAAGCUCCGCUGCGGAUCCCUAAGCCCAACAAGAUCAAGCUGAUCACUUUGGACUUGCCCAUGGUUCCUGGGGAUAAGAUACAUUGCUUGGACAUCCUCUUUGCACUCACCAAAGAGGUGCUGGGGGACUCGGGGGAAAUGGAUGCCCUAAAGCAGUCCAUGGAGGAGAAGUUUAUGGCUGCCAACCCCUCAAAGGUCUCCUAUGAACCCAUCACCACCACACUGAAAAGGAAGCAGGAGGAGGUGUGCGCCACCAAAAUCCAACGGGCAUUUCGGCGGUAUUUAUUAAGGCGGUCGAUGAAACAGGCCUCUUACAUGUACAGGCACAGCCAGGAUGAGGAGGCCCUGCUGGAAGGAGCCCCAGAGAAAGAAGGAUUGAUUGCAAAGAAAAUGAAUGAAAUAUAUGGGUCUUCGGGCUCAGAGGUAGACAUCCAAGUGUCUCCAGAAACGUCCCCACCUAUCGAACUCAAACCAGUUGCCAGCGCAGAGGCUACGGAUGACCCUAGCAAAACCAAGAGAGAGGCGGAUCGUGGGGGAAAGGAGGAAGGCGACCCCGGCAAAACGAAGGAAGCGGAGGAUCCUGGCAAAAAGGAGGAAGGCGACCCCAGGAAAACGAAAGAGAAGAAGGAAGAUCCCAGCGGAACAAAGGAAGACGAUCCCAGCAAAAGUAAAGAGAAAGGGGGCACCAAACGUGGUGUGAAAGAGUCGUUUGUAUAAUGCAAAGCACUUUUGGCCAACUGUCAAUUGGCACCCAGAUCCAAAAGACUUCUCUCACAGGGGCCCUUCCAAAAUCAUGUGCUGUAGUGAGCUAACCACCUUCUCUUGCCAGGUUCCCGGUACUCAGCUCAACAUUGUAACUUUGGAAACAGAGCCUCUUCUGGUUUCAAGUUGGGGUUUUUUGUUGUUGUUGUCCAAAUUCACAACAAUGAGCAAAGAUACCUUAUUUUUUCCUUAUGAGGUUUAUGUGAAUGAUCUCUGUUGCAGGUGAAAAGAACAGGUGUUUUAGUUUAAUGGUAGGCGACGUCCGAUGUCACAUGGUCCAGGGCCAGUUCUGCUUUCAGUGCUUCCCUGCUAGCGUUUUUAAGAAGUCUUGGAAGAGUCAGAAGAGAAGGAAAUGGCCAAAGAUGCAAGUCUUCAUAAUUUCAGUCCUGCCACGUUCAAGCUUAGGCAUGGAACCAGAAGACCAGUUUUAAGGAACUCAACCAGAGUUGUGUAUACGCUUCACUUAAAAAGAAAAAUGUAUGAAAAACUGGGUUUUGUAGCCUGAAUCAAUUACGCAAAUUUUCCUGUGGCUGCAUAAUUUAUUGUGCUUGUCAGGGGUGCACAAAAAGCCUUGCCUCUGUAUCACUGGCAUGGAACAGACGUGCACACACACAAAAAACUUUCAGGCUUUAUGUUUGCAGCCUCAAGGCCUAGAUACCUGCUUGCUUUUUCAAUGAAAGCGGAGGUUUUAAAGAUGCCGAAUUCAGUGCACAAUGUCAAAUUCUGUGCUCAUGCGAACAUGGAAAGUAGAAUGCACAGAGCCCUGGAUUUAACUAAUGCUAUCUGGCUGGACAAACUUUGUGAAAACUUCUGUCUUUUCCAAAAGCAGUGAAGAACUGCCAUCUGUACUGGUUCACAGAUAUUAACAUCUGCAUAGGGUUCUGUGGCUGACUUCUUAUGAAAAAAGGAAGUAUUUAUUUAUGUUAUCUCCUGGUAACAGACUGAUAUGCAAUUGUCUUAGGAUUGUUUCCAGCAUGCAAAGGUGAGGUGAAUGGAGCUGAAUAAUAAUUGAAAUGAGGGGACAGUUUGGUGAGCAAAAAUCCACAAUGUCUUAAAAAAAACAAAAACUUGCUUCAGCUUUUUCCUUUCAGGUAUUUGAAAGGACUCACAAUAUAUUUUUUUGUGUUAGAAAUGGUUUAAAGUGCAAUUAAGAGUCUUAACCAUUUGAACUCUCUAUAUUGUUUAUUUUUUAAAAGUAAAAAAUAAAUAAAUAGCAAAAGUAAUGUGCUGAUCUGUUCUCAGGGUUUAAUGUCAGCUUUAAAAUUGUUCUCAUUCUCUACCAAUCACCUAGGAAGUUGUGCUGCGCUUUUACAUAGUACUGUAUAUUCUGUCCAGAAAUGUGGGCCGUUUUGCUUCUCCUCUCCCUCCACUCCACCAGUGGUGCAUUUGAGUAAUUUUAGAUUCAUUCUUCUGCAUGGAGUCCUGGACUUCUGCCCCAAAGUCCUGUCCUGACGGCACCACUGCCCCACAUUGCCCCCCACCCCAGUCCACACAGAAGGCAGGGUAUGGCAUAGAAGCUUGGAGUCUGCAUGGUUUCUUCCCAUGCGCAGGGCUAAGGAAAGGGAAUCUCAGAGACUGAACCGCAGGGACCUGCUAUCUGGAUAACCCAAUAGUUUCCUGAACCAGCCCCCCAGAAAUACAAAGGCAAGAUAUUCCUGGUAAACAUCCGUUUAUAUCAACUGCACCCAUGCAAGAAGAUGUUCCCAGUGGCUUGUGCCCUCAGCCCAACCAGUUUAAAUAAUGGGAGAGACAUGAAUAUUUAAGAAUUGAAACAGUACUGGUAUUUGCUACCCUCUCUCAGCCCUGCAUCACUCCACCGAAUCUGACAAUAAGAAAUUGGUUUAUUUGUUCUGUUUGCCACACUCUACCUCUGAGGCAACCAUGAUUGCCACCUUUUAGAAACAGUAUAUUGGGCAGUGUGGGUCAUUGACCUCCUCCUGCAGUUGAUCAAACUUUGAAAAGGCUGCCACCCACCCAAAAAGGGAGGGGAACUGCAGUUUUGUUGAUGUAAUAAUCUAGUCAUAAUAAU